CCGUAUGUCAGAUAAUCGUAAAUUUUCUUUUGAAAAUAAAUUUAAAAUUUAAAAAAAAUAUUUGGCGACCAGUUCAGAAGAUCAACAAUCAAGCAUUUUAUUUUAGCAUGCUUAAGUGUUUAUUGAAUGAAAGUGAAAUCUGCUAUAAAAAUGUUGCACUCUACGGAUUGAUACUCCUGUUAUGUCUGUGUCAAGUUGCAUGUUCUGCUAAAACUCAAAUAUACGAUGAGCCCCGAUUACCGCCGAAUGUCAAGCCUUUUCACUAUGAUAUUAGAUUACUAACUCAUCUGGAGAGUUCAGCUAAUUGCAGCUACAAUGGUAUCGUUAAAAUUUCCAUUCAUGCACAAAAAACCACCAAUCAAGUGGUGCUUCAUGUGGGCAGAGUUUCAAUCGAAUCAAAGAAAAUCACGCUCUUUGGUGAGACGUCCAACUAUCGCCUGAGAUCUGUCAGGUUCAAUAAGGAUCGGAAAUAUAUGGAAGUUACUUUCAACCAGUCCUUGUUGAUGGGCAAGUCCUAUGUCCUCAGUGUCGAAUUCGGUAGGUCAAUGUCCAUGAAUCAGACAGAUGGUUAUUUCAUACGCUACUAUAUAAAUUGGAAGACCUCGCAGAAAAUUUGGUACUCCGUGUCCCAUUUCAAUCGAAACUGGAUAAGGAACACCAUGCCUAGUUUUGAUGAGCCCUCCCUAAAGGCCACUUUUAAUGUAACCAUGGGUCAUCACAAGCGCUUUCAGAGCUACGGCAAUAUGAAGGUCCAAGCAGUGCUGCCCAACCAUGAAAUACAGGACUAUGUGUGGUCCGUGCACGAGGUAACGCCCACGAUUCCCACACAUUUGCUGGCCUUUUCCGUAAACAACUUUACCUGCCGGUAUAGCCAAGCUGCUAGUAUGAAUCCUGUUAGAUUUCGUACCUGUGUCCAGUCGGCUGAUGUGCGUGCGACCUCUUUUGCCGCUCAAAUGGCUCCUCAGAUUCUGGAGUUUCUGGACCGGGUGCUUCAAGUGUCCCUACCGCUGGAGAAGAUCGACCAAUUGGUGGUCGAUGAUUUUCCUACAGAAGCCAUGGAGAACUUCGGGCUCGUCGUCUACAGUAGCAAACAGCUUUUGCAGCGUGAAGAUGGGCAAAUGACCAAGGAAAAACUGCAGACACUCCACCUAAUCGCUCACGAAUUGGCCCAUAUGUGGUUUGACAAUCUGCUGGGAAUGGACUCGUAUUCAGAUUUAUGGUUAACGGAGGGCCUAGCCGGUUACUUUAAAAGCCUCGCCGUGGAUCAUUUGCAAUCGAGAACGGGUCGCCGGAUACUGUUGAGGUAUCGUGAAUCAUCAAUGAUGUAUGAAUCACAGGUUGGCGGCAUAUCCUUGGUGCCUCUUUCAUCGAAUGCCAGUUUAAAUGCAGAGAGGCAACUGUACCAGAAGGCCACCUCUCUGAUUUGUAUGCUAAUUGGCUUUUUGGGCAAUGAGACUUUUUACGAUGGACUUCAGCGGCAUAUGUGGCAAAACUCCUUUGGGAGCAGCACUCCCGAUCUUUUCUGGAGAUCCCUACAACUGGCCAGUGAAAGGGAGGCCACUUUCGUCAAAAUGUGGGAUGUCAAAAGCAUUAUGGACACGUGGAUUAUGCAAAGUGGCUAUCCGUUAGUCACGGUCAUCCGCAAUGGGAGUGAAGUAUUUCUGAAACAGGGACACGCCCUCAACCGCAGCAGUUCCCAGCUUUGGUGGAUUCCUCUCACCUACCUUAUAGAGGGCGGAUCCCUUUCCAAAAACCUCAAGCCGAAGGCGUGGCUUAGUCCAAAUAGCCAUAGCAUAAAACUAAAUGAUAUAGUUCCCCGUAACCAAUGGAUUCUUCUUAACCUCCAGGCAGUUGGCUACUACAGAGUUAACUAUGACGAGCUCACCUGGCAGCUUUUGGCCACCACGUUGUUCAAUGACUUCCGUAGCAUAAAUGUCAUAAACCGUGCCCAGAUCGUCAGCGAUGUUCUAUUCCUAUGGAAUCAGAAGUUACUUGCCUGGUCCACCGCCCUUAAUGUAUUGAAGUACAUAAUCGACGAAGACGAGUACGAACCCCUGAUGGCUUUCGUUGUGGGCUGGACCAAUGGUUUCUGUGGUAUCUCCGCAGAGAAUUCUUUUAACAUUGCGAAAUGGCUGGGCAUUGCUGCAAAAUGGUAUGCAGAGUUCAUCAGUUACACGUUCGACAAAUUCGUGGUUCAGGAUCCUAACCAGAAUCUGAAUAGCCUCGACUACCCUGACUAACCGGAAACAACGGGGCCAUUCCAGCACCACAAACUAAUGGGCCAGACCAGAUGCACUCCCACUUGCCCAGUGGCAAGUCUCCUUCCUUGGGAGCUGGCGAAAUGAAACCGCCAUCAAUGAACCGCAAUUGUAUUUGUUUGCAAAUAACUGAGCGUUAUCUGAGACUAUUUAUCUUUAUCUGCAACAACAGCAAAGGCAGCUCCGCACAAUGCCAAAGGACCCUGGAAGGAGCAGCCACUGGGAACUGCGGCUCCACUUACAGCCAAGGCGCCAACUGAAAUAAUGAUGCAGGCGAAAUAACAAUAAAGGCGGGCCGCGAAAAGGACUGGGCAGGAAUAAAGGACAGUAUCGAUGCUCCUUUCCGCAGCGG